CAUGCCGCCAGAAUGGUGUGCAUGAAUGUCCUGACUAAUACUCUCAAGAGUAUCAGCAAUGCCAAAAAGAGAGGCAAACACCAGGUCCUUAUUAGGCCAUGCUCCAAAGUCAUCAUCAGCUUUCUAACUGUGAUGAUGAAACAUGGUUACAUUGGCAAAUAUGAAAUCAUUGAUGAUCACGGGGCUGGGAAAACUGUUGUGAACCUCACAGGCAGACUAAAUAAGUUUGGAGUGAUCAGUCCCAGAUAUGAUGUGCAACUCAAAGAUCUAGAAAAAUGGCAGAAUAACCUGCUUGCAUCCUGUCAGUUUGGUUUCAUUGUACUGAGAACCUUAGCUGGCAUCAUGGACCAUGAAGAAGCAAGACAAAAACACACAGGAGGGAAAAUCCUUGGAUUCUUUUUCUAGGGUUUUGAGUUUCACAUCAA